GGCAACCAAGUCCAGUACAGGUGGCACCGCCUCUGCUUUCGCUCCCCGUAACCGUCCACUCACUGCGCUGCUCUCGUUUCUUUUUCCCCGUUAGUUGUCGCCCCUCCGCCCGUGUUUUCCACCAACCUCGCCCUCGAGGGAGCAGAAGUAGAAGAAAGAACAGCAGUUUCCUCAACUCGCAAGUCUCGUCAGUCGUCAGCCAGCAUUCGUCAGCGCUUUUCGAAGGAAGAAAAUCGUCAGGAGAUGUCGCGGUCGGCUGUCUUGAAGUCUGGGAUAGGCGCAUUGGCGUUGGUGGGGGUGGCGACCUUUGUGUUUUUCCAGCGACCUCUUCAAAUAACAUUGCUCAGCCCUUCACCUGAAGUCAACAAGGGAUCGAGUGAUUCCAAACGAGAGAGUUCCCAGGUGAAACUUUGCCCAAUGCCUGCUUAUGUCAGCCCCGAAGCAUUCCUGGCUUACGAAAAACAAAAGCAAUACGAAUGUAAGAAACUGGAAUACUUUGGAGUUGGUGACGGUAGCAAAGGUGUAUGUAAAGACCCAGUCUUCAGUCUUGACAAAAAUAAUUGCAAAGUUCUCUCCUUCGGCAUCAGUAAGGACUGGACGUUUGAUGACGCCUUUGGAGUCUUUGGCUGCAAGGUGUACAGUUUCGACCCAACAAUUGGGAAAGAAGACCAUCAACAUGCACCAAAUGUCCAGUUCUUCAACCUGGGCAUUAGCAACAAGGCGGAAACUGCAAGAAAGCUCGACACAUAUGAAAACAUCCUAAGAGACUCGCCUAUUGGACUCCGUGAUCGACUACCUUAA